AUGGCCGUCGUCUCCAGAAAUUCCGAUGAAAUCUUCAGUCUCUCCUCCGCCGUCAACGACGAUCCUCUCUUACCUUGGCUCGGGUCCAUCCACAAAGCUUUGCAGAAUCAGAAAUCAACCCAGCUCAGCAAUUUUGUAGAUUUCGACGUGCUGGUAGCGAAUUGUAUCCACACCUUCAAGUCCGAUCCGCAGUAUCGAAAUGACGUCAGAUUUCUCAAGAUUUGGUUCCUCUAUAUGGAUGGUAGUUCAGAUUAUGAAAGGGUGUUUAAAGAAAUGGAGGAGCACAGGAUCUGUACAAACAAAGCUCUGCUUUACGAAUCGUUUGCUUUGUUUCUGGAAGCAAAAGGCAGGUUCAUUGAUGCCUGUAUGAUGUAUCAACUUGGGAUCUCAAGAAAUGCCGAGCCUCUGGGGAGGCUGAAAAAAGCCCAGGUGCUGUUUCUUGAGAGAAUGUCUGAGAGAGUAAGCAAUGGUUCAUUUCAAAAGAUAAAAAAUGGCGUCUCUGGAGAGGGUGGUGAAAAUUUUGCUAAUCCAUGGUCUGUUGCAACUCUAAAAAAUCUAUUGCAGAGGAUGAAUUCUCAAGUUGUACAGUAUGAGGGAUACUAUUCAAGUAACAGAUCAUAUCCAGGAAAAGUGUCAUUAUCCACUUUGCUGAAAUCAGCUAGAAAUAAAACCGUUGAUAUAGGUGGAGAGAAGUACCAGAUCAAAGGGUGUGCAGGUCAGGGUGGAUUUGCUCAGGUGUUCAAAGCGUAUCUGAACAGCAAUCCUGAUGAAAUUGUUGCCCUUAAGAUUCAAAAGCCACCCUUUCCUUGGGAAUUUUACAUGUAUCGUCAGCUUGACUUGAGGAUUCCAGAAAAAGAAAGGAAGAGUUUUGGGUUUGCCCACAGAUUACACCUCUAUUCUGACUACAGUGUGCUCGUGUCUGAUUAUAUAGCUAAUGGGACACUUCAGGAUGCCAUUAACUCGAAUGUGGUUACCGGUGGGUCAAUGGAAGAGGUGCUAUGUAUUUAUUAUACCAUUGAGUUGCUUCAAAUUCUUGAAACUCUGCAUGAUGUUGGAAUCGUCCAUGGUGAUUUUAAGCCUGACAAUUUGCUCAUCCGGUAUUCCAGGAAUGAUCCAAUAGAAGAUGAUCCAAUAGAAGAUGUAGAUGAGUUUCGCCUUCGAACUGGAACUUGGCGUGAUCAGGGCCUAUGCCUUGUUGACUGGGGAAGAGGAAUUGAUCUGAAUCUCUUUCCAAAAGAUACUAAAUUCAUGGGGGACUGUAGAACUUCUGGCUUCCGUUGCAUUGAAAUGCAAGAAAAAAAGCCUUGGACAUUUCAGGUGGACACAUAUGGGCUUUGUGUUAUAGUUCAUAUGAUGCUUCAUAAUUCUUACAUGGAGAUUGAGAAAACAGCAUCUCCUGAUGGAAGCUUCUUUUACCGGCCCAAAUCGCGUUAUAAGCGAUACUGGAAUGUCAAUCUUUGGAAAAACUUGUUCGAGAGGUUACUCAACUUUGAUCCAGCUGAAGAUCACAUGAAAUUGUUGCAGUCUUUGAGGGGCACUUUCCAGGAAUAUAUGUGCUCAGACCUAAAGCUUAUCAAGAAGCUCAAGCAACACAAGUUUCUUGUUCCGUGUGUACAGGAUUUGCCAGUGCCAAAUUGGAUUACUGGAGUACUUGAUGAUAUCUUGAUAUUGUAA